UUGAAAUUCCUAUAGAUUUUGCGUUCUAAUCCAAAGCAAGUGUGCGUGUGAAUUGCGAAAUGGCAACUACUACUACUACCACCAUGUUAGUAGCAUCUCAUCUCUCACUGCUCUCAAGAUAUCGUGUUCCCCGAAACGCUGCGUUUUGGUCGCCACAUCAUCAUCAUCAUCAAAAGAGUAAGCUAAAUUCAUGGUCCAUUUCGGCAAAUUCUUUCGACCUCUUCCCUCCGCCAAUCGACCAUGACUUCCUGGACACUGUUAAAACUGCAGGCGCUAGGGUUUCUGAGGAAGGGAUCGUUGAAACAUUUUAUAAUGAUGAUGAAGCGCUCGAUGCCGCGGAGAACGGAGUUGCGGUUGUUGAUCUUUCACAUUUUGGGCGGAUUAGAGUCAGCGGAGAAGAUCGUACCCAGUUCCUUCACAACCAGACUACUGCAAACUUUGAAUGUCUGCAGCCGGGGCAAGGAUGUGACACUGCCUUUGUGACCCCAACGGCUCGAACAAUAGAUAUUGCACAUGCAUGGAUCAUGAAAAAUGCAAUCACAUUAGUGGUUUCACCUGAGACUUGUAGGACCAUUAUGGAAAUGCUGAAUAAGUACAUAUUUUUUGCUGAUAAGGUAGAGAUUCAAGACAUUACUGAGCAAACAAGUUUAUUUGUUUUGUUGGGACCUAAAAGUGACCAGGUCAUGGAGAACUUGAAACUUGGUGAACUUGUGGGAAAACCAUAUGGCACACAUCAACAUUUUAAUGUUGAUAAGCAGCCUUUAACUAUAGGGGUCGGAAAUAUCCUUUCUGAAGGUGGUUUUUCAUUCUUGAUGUCUCCAGCAGCUGCUCCAUCUGUCUGGAAUGCUAUUCUUGCUCAAGGGGCUAUUCCAAUGGGUUCUAAUGCAUGGAAUAAAUUACGGAUAAUUCAAGGAAGGCCUGCUCCAGGAAUGGAGCUUACUAAGGAAUUCAAUGUCUUAGAAGCCUGUCUAUGGAACUCGAUUUCUCUAAAUAAGGGUUGUUACAAAGGACAGGAAACUAUAGCUAGGCUGAUAACUUAUGAUGGAAUCAAGCAGCGGUUAUGGGGAUUGCAUCUUUCUGCUGCUGCUGAACCUGGCAGCAUUAUUACAGUUGAUGGCAAAAAGGUUGGAAAGUUGACCAGCUAUGCAUCAGGAAGAAAGCAAUCUGAACACUACGGAUUAGGCUACAUUAAGAGGCAAGCUGCUUCAGAAGGAGAUACUGUAGUUGUGGGAGACAACAUCAGUGGAACAGUGGUGGAAGUUCCUUUCCUUUCUCAGCAACAGCCGCCUUCUGGUAGUUCAACUGGUUGAUUCUUUUUGGCAUGAAAAAUAGAACAAUGUGGUUCAGUGUGGUUAUGAAUUUGUGAUGCAUAGCAUAUUGAUGUCGGAUCAGGUAGAAGUGUAAGAAAAGUUCAUGCAUCAUACUGGCCAUUUUUUUUAACUAGUUUGCUAAAUUAUUAAUGGCUGAAUGCAACUGGUGCCUAUUUCAUAUUUGGAGGCUAUUUAUGUAUAGUUGCGUAAAGGUUUUAGAAAAUACACUAUACCUUUCGAGGAGGAAUCUUGUCAAUGUGUAGUGUUAAAAAAAAAUUUUAUUAGAAGAGAGUUUCAUCAGCCGGAAAUUAAUUCUUCAUUCAUUACUGAAAAAUUUCUAAGUUACGUGUUAAGCUGAUGUUUCAUUUUUAAUCCUUACUUAU